ACUGAAGGGGGCGGGGCCCGACGGGUCCGAACCGAGACCCGAGUGGGAAAUGAGCCGUUACUCGAGCCGAGAUCCGAACCGGACUCGCGUCAAACGCGAGGCGGGACCUGAGCCAGACUCGAAACGGGACCCGGGCUGGACCCUAACCAAACCCAAGCGGGAAACAAGCCGGACCCCUGGGGGAGUCGAGCGGAAGCGGAGCCGGGAGGCCGCGCGGCUCUUUCUGUUUCGCGGCUGAGCUCGUCCGCUUUUGUCGGAUCGUAUUUCUGGGAGCUGCCGUUUUCCGUAGAGCCGGUCCGCAGCACGCGGGACUUUCCCUGAUCUCGAAUCGAACGCGCUUUGAGGCACGCGGGGCCGCCGCCAGCGAAGGCGAUACCGGAGCGCGGCCGCGGCCUCGGGACCCGCCGAGCCGGGCGGCCCCCAAGCAGCCCUCGGGUGCCCGUUCAAGAUUUAAUGCAUUCCUGAAGAUGUUUGUUACCCUUAGAACUUGUCACUGCAGACUUAGGGACAAAGCAGUCACUAACGGCAGAGGAGUCGCGCCUUUCUUCCGCUGAUGGAGGGGCCGGAUGUGUUUUGCCUGCUACACUUUACGUGGCCUACUGGCUCACUUGUGGCCUGGCUCCCUUCGUUUGUAUGCUCGUUUCCAGGCUGUCUUGGUUUCUGGGAAGCCUUGGCCCACAGCACAUCGCCACCCCCCGCAUUUUUACCGUGAGGCAUCGGCUCCCGUCACGGAGAGGCGGAGGAACACGGUACCCGUGGACACUGCCGCGGAGGGAUACAGUGCACACGUUUCCCGGGGCUGUGGCGGCAUUAAGAUGGCGGCGCGCAAGGCUGAGUCGGGUUUCGAUUCGGGCUCGGGCUCGGGCUCAGACUCAGACUCGGACGGCGGCGCGGCGGCGGCGGCGCGGUUCCGGGAGGCGGCCUGGGACUGCGCCGCGCGGGCCGGACCGCGCAGUGGUGAGGGUCCCGGGGCGGGCGGCGGGGCUGCAGCUCCCGGCCAUCACCCGCCCGUGCUUCUUCCUUGGGCAGGGCUCCCGGGGAAGGAUCGGCUGCCGCCUGGCCGGCCGAGCCGAAGGCGUGAGGUGAACAAUCAUGAUGAGGAUGGAAAUGAACUACAGACUUCACCAGAGUUCAGAGCACACGUUGCAAAGAAACUGGGAGCGAUGCUAGAUGGUUUCAUCACUGUCUUGAAGGAGUCAUCACCACCUGCUCAAACGUCUGUGCCACGGUCUGGCUCUGGAGAUGAUGGUUUUCGCCUCUUCUCUUCCUCUGUCCCGGGAGACUGUGGGGAUUCGGAGCUUUGCCCUGCAGCAAGGAGGAGAUGGCCAUCUAGCUCCAGUGACAUGGACAGUGACCAAGAGUGGCAAAGGUACCAGGAGGCCGCUGUUUCCGCCACAGACAUUCUGAAGCAAAGUGCUUUUCCUGCACUGUCCCAGGAUUCCAGCAGGGAUCAUAGCCAGGGUUAUGUAGAGCACAGCCAGAAAAAAAACAAGAAAAAGAAAAUUAGGGGGGAGAGCAGUAUUCAAGAGAAAAUAAUAGACCCAGCAGAGUGUGACCAGAUCGGCAAAGAUUUGCCAGGAUUGGUGUCUGCAAAUGGACAGCAUGAGAGUCAGGUCAGCAAUCACACAGAGAACCUGGUGUUGCCAGUGGUUGUGAAGAAGAAGAAGAAGAAGGAAAAAAGAAAAUGAAGACUUUGCUCGGCAAAUGGCAGAUGGCGCCUGCACCCAAAGUACCAGGUUCCCUGGCUGCGGUGAGUUCAAAAAGCUCAUGUGGAUACAGAAGACUUUGGUUUUGUGGCUAAAAAGAAGUAACAAUUUGGAGUCCAUGUAAAAACAUUUAUUGUAAGAAAUUUUCAUGUGAACAUUAAUGUAAAAAGAUAUCUUCAGUUUCUAAAGAUUUUUUCUGUACUCUUAAUAAAGAGUAUUUAAAGAUUGGUGUGCUUUUUGGCAUUGUUCUAUCAAUAAUACAGUUUCCAUGCAUUUUAUUUCUUUUGUUACAGUUUUCCUAAUUUCCCGUCCUGCCCCCCCACAGACAUGCCAACACCAGUGGCUGAUAACAGUGUCAAUUGUAAUGGCAGUGUCCAACCAUGACAUGGUUUCUGCAUGAUGCGUCCUUAUAAUUCAAGGACUUUGCAAAGAGAGACAACGGACUGUGGGCCUCCUGCAGUACAUGACAGAGAAGAUUCUGGCAUACUGUGUUACUUAUUUGUCUGUCUUUGGCAUUGUGAUUUCUUUUACCUAAACUCAGGUGAGAAAUAUUACCAUUGUUCUUGUCUAAAACACUGUCCAGUCUAUGUUCUGUAAGUGUCUAUAUGUGAGUACUUGAAGGGGAAUGAGGAUACAGACCAUUAUGUUUAGAUGAAGAAGAGCAAUAUUUGUCAAGGAAAACUGUAAAGAGAAAAAAACAUAGCAACAAAUUAUCUGUUUAUAUUGUCUGGUUUCAAGGAUUCCUUAUGCACCCACAAGUCCUGCUGCUGUUGCUUCUGCCUGUGGUGAAAACCUUCAGCUGCAGAGGAUUUUAAAACAGCCUGUCUUUAAAGCAGUGAACUCUGAAGACUAUAAAACCAGAAAUGAACAUCUUUUUGUAUGCUGGGACCUCACCAAAUGCUGGAUGUCACUGGAUGUCAUGUGGAGAAUCCUUAGGUGAUUAUGGAAACCUUUCAAAUAUUAAGGAGGAGGUAAAUAUUCUCUUGCUUUAUCCUGAAGGGCUUUUUCCCUUGUCUAUUAGAAUUAUCCAUUUUAAACUGUAGGAGCCUGGACAGUUAACAGGUAGUAAACUUCUCCACUAUCAACUUAACAGUUUUCACAAUAACCUGCCAGACAGUUCUAGUGAAUGGUUCAGCACUCCAUGAAGCAUUUCAGAUUCUUCAGUGCAGGAAAGCCAGUGAGAUUUUCAGAGUCUCUUAAAUGUUACAAAUUGUCAGUGGUGAGACUCUUCUGCGCAUUACCCAGCAUCCCAGUUUUAUAUGCUGGCACUAAGAAUUGCAGUAUCAGAUUAUCAGGUUAUUGCAAGGGCCAUAAUAUGCGGUUGUGAGGUAACAAGAAUAGCAGAGGUCAAGGGUGGAAGCUGCAAAGAUUAACCAGCUAGAUUAUAGUGCUAUAGUAGUGUGAGAGCUAAAUUGUAGAGUGCCAUCAUCCAGAUGGGAUUCUCCUGUAACUGAGUUGUGCUUGGGGAUUUUGCCUUGAGGAUGGAUACUGGAAAGAGAAGGUCUUGGUUUUGCUGUACCCAUUUUCAUACACUACCAGUACAUAGGAUAUGUUGAUUUCUUUAAUCGCAACAGUUUGCUGGGCCAUGACUUAUUUCUCAAGUCACCCUAAUGUGAUCUGGGUAAUUGUGAUAAGGGAAACUUUUGAAGUGAAGACACCGAGUGACACCUGCUUGUUUUUCUCAUGUUUGCAGUAUGUGGUAUUGUAUUUUUUUUCCCCUGCAGGUUGUUUUUCCUUAUCCGAAACUCAUAUGGUGGUUGAGACCCCUCAAAUUCAGCACUUCAGUGGUGGGAUGUAAGCAGCUUUACAACAUUAAACUGGUUGAGCUUCAUAGUACACUCAGGAACAAUGUUACAUUAACACAUCAGUUUGGAUGCAGAUUGGAGAAAUAUAUUAAUUAGUAAUCGCAAGAGGUAUGAUUUCUAUUUUAUCUUAAUGGUCAAUUUAAUAAAAAUUAUUAAUAAAGAUUAUUUAAACAUGUUAAACAUCUUUGCACUGUCCUAUAUAUACUUAAAUACAACUUCUAUGGUCUU